AUGUCCUGGCGCCGCCAUCUUGCCACUGCCGAUCCAUUCCACGUCAAUGACCAUGAGACACAAGAUUACGACGACAAGACGAGCAAUGAGCUACUAGAGCAAGCACCUGCCACUCGGAAAGAAUUAUGGGGAUACUACUUGUAUUAUAAUGGGAACAAUGGUUACACAAUCUACAGUUACAUGCCGACCAUUCUUCAAUAUCUCGCGUAUCGCGGUGGAUUUGAUCCAGAGACACACGGGCCAUGCGAUGUACAAAACGCCAUGAAACCUUGCCAUGUACGGUGGCUCAAUACCGCCAACGGAUUACCUGUAUCAUCCAUGAUGCUCUACUUGCAGGCCAUUGCCUUUUCGAUCCAGUUCCUGUUAUUUACCACUUUUGGAAGUUUGGCAGACUAUGGUCGAUGGAAUCGAUAUAUUCUUUUGAUCGCCACUGUGAUUGCUUGUACAACUCAGAUAUUACCGAUUGCCUUUGUACAUGACGAUGGAUCUCAUUGGGGUAUCAUGAUGGCCAUCUUUGCCAUAGCCUUGAUUUCCUAUGGCACAACCCUUGUAUUUUAUGCCGCUGCUUUCCCAACCUUGAGCGACAACUUGCCCAUCGUCCGUCAAGCACGCGUCAAUCCAAAUCUCACAUCUCAAGAAAAGGAGGUCGUCGUUGAACAGUGGCGCAAUCAUGUAUCAGCCAUCUCGACCACAUUUUCCAACGUUGGCUUUGUCUUUUUAACAGCUUUGCUUUCGGGUGUCUCCUUCGUUCGAUACAGCGAUGGAACCAAGCUCGGUGAUCUUCCCGUUUACAACUUUAUUUCAACCGUUGUAUGUGGAGCAUUUUGGGUCCUCAAUGCUAUUCCUUAUUUUGUUUUUCAACCUCGCAAACGAUGUGGCCCACCGUUACCUCCAGGAGACAACUAUUUAACCAUUGGAUGGAAAUCCAUCAUUAAGGCAUUGAGAGAGGCACGCAAGUUGCGAUACUUGUUCAUGUACAUCUUUGCUUACUUUAUGUUUUCGGAUGCUGUAUCAACCAUCAGCCAAAUGACCACUAUCAUUACGGGUGAGAUCACCAGCUUCUCUGCCGUUCAAAUCACGUUGCAAUCCCUCGUGACAGCCAUCACUUCCAUCAUUGGUUGCUUAUUCUUUUUGUGGUUAUCCAAACGCUUCCAAGUGAGAACAAAGACCAACUUACUGGUGAUUGUCGUGACAACAGCAUUGGUGCCUGUGUGGGGUUGUUUUGGUAUAAGCAUGUCGAACUUUGGUAUCAAGACUCAAUGGGAAUUGUGGAUAUUAUCAGCAUGGUCAGGCUUUUUUACGGCACCCAUUUGGGCGUGGCAGCAAACAAUGCUCGCAGAGUUAACACCCAAAGGCAAGGAAAACUUAUUCUUUGGUUUAUUCGGCAUCGUGAACAAAGCAUCGUCAUGGAUUGGACCUGUUGUUGUGGGAGCAAUAUCUCAAGCUACUUCCAAUGUGUGGAUGGGUUGGCCUUUUGUCCUAGCCUUGUUUGUAGCAGCAACGGCUAUCAUCUUCAUGAUCGACGUGGAGGCAGCCAAACGAGAAUUAGCAGACUAUGUUCAAGAUGUUACAGUCGCAUCUCCUUGUACCAAAUAA